AUGGCAAACACAAACGUAUGGCUUUACUAUCCAAAUUUGAUUGGCUAUUUGCGGAUUAUCCUGGCUCUAAUUGCAUUUCAAGCAAUGCCCUAUUCACCUUGGCGUGCUAUCCUGUGCUAUAUUGUAAGCGCAGCUUCAGAUGCAGUGGAUGGCUAUCUGGCACGACUUUACAAUCAAUCAUCUCGAUUUGGCGCUAUGUUGGAUAUGUUAACGGAUCGUUGUGCAUUGUUGGCACUGGUUAUGUAUUGUGGACAUCUAUAUCCCAGUUACAUGUUCUUUUUUCAAAUGUCAGCAGUGAUUGAUAUCGCCUCGCAUUGGCUUCAUUUUCACCAAUCCACGAAUCCACUAUUGCAUCUGUAUUACACGUCGCAGGCAUUUCUGUUCGGAAUGUGUUUUGGCAAUGAAGCAUUCUAUGGCUUGAUGUACGUGAACCAUUUCUGGCCUGGUCCAGGCAUUCAUGGCUUUCAUUUCAUUGCAGUCCUUGCGGCGCUAAUGUUCCCAGUCGCAGUUUUGAAAGCAAUCAUCAGCCUAGUGCACUUGUGCACCGCUGCACAGUCUCUCGUUGCAAAAGAUCGAGAAUCGGUUAAGCGCGCCGAAUGA